CUUGAUCUCGGUCGUCGGGGCGAACCCUACCGGCUUCUCGGGGGACAAUAGAAAGUGGUAGGGUUGGCCCCGACGACCGUAGUCACGGUAGCGCUCGUGGUGGCGAAGGGCUACAACACACUGUAAAUACGUCCUAGACUGCUAGCGCCCUGAAGUGAAUUUUGUGAGUUCGCCUUGAGCUUUCACGGCAGUCGGACGCGCGUUAAGUCUCUCCUUCUGUUUUUUCCUUUUGUGGGCGUUUCAUACCUCUCCUCCUAGGACUAUUUUCGCCUCCAGCUACUUUCUCGAACCACGCCGUCUCUCGUACAUGUCUUUUGAAGAAGACGAACACCCAAUGAUCGAACCCGUAAAAGGAGUCAAGCAUGGAGGUACCCGCUAUAACUCAGAGAAAGGAUUUAUUUACCAUUUACAGAAGACCACAUCUCGACACAGUAUUUAUCAUUGCAAGUAUCAUAAAAAAAUUCAUGGAGGCUGCAAGGCGAGGGUUAAAUCAAAUCUGGACGAUGCGAUUUUUACCCGACAGGGCGACGCCCACCACAAUCAUCCACAUGAGCCUGAUGAACAGAAAUUGCUCCGUUUAGUAAAUAUGGUAGUUGAUGCUGCAGCUAUUGAUCGGCGUAAACCUCGUAUCGUUUUUGAUGCAGUUCGUCGGAAAAAUCCUGGUAUUCCGAUCGGGUAUGGUGACGCUAUGCAGCGUAGGAUACAGCGAUCUAAAAGGAGAAGGCAGCCACCAAUGCCUAAAACUGUUGAAGAAAUAGCUGGAUUGAUUGAGGAGUAUCCGGAAUAUAGGGAUGCAUUUGAAGGAGGAAAAUUCUUUAGAGGCAUCGUAAAGACGUCUGAAGGACAAGCAUUAGUUUUUUUAUCACCGACGCUUCUGCCAGAACUGAGCGAAACUUCUGAACUUCAAGCUGAUGCCACUUUUCAAGUUGUUCCCGGACUUUUUAAACAACUUUUCACUAUUCAUAUUACUAAAGGACGCAUGUCAUUUCAAUUCGCGUACAUUCUGAUGACCAAAAAGUCACGCGUUCUUUAUGAUGCCGCCAUAGAAAAAGUGCUGUACAGUCCCCUCCAUAACAAUACAAGGAUCCAUGUCGGCCGCUUUUCAUGGGAGCGAAUGCAUUGGCUGCUUCUUUCAUUAUGCUCAGGCUAUCUGGAGAAAUGUACAAAAAUACGGCCUUCAAUUUGCAUACAGCAACCGCGCUGUCAUAGAGAAAUACGUUAAAGAACUAAUAGCGCUUGCUCUUUUGCCAGCCGAUCAAGUUUUGGCCGGUUUUCAAAACAUAAAAGCUCACUUCAAUGAUCUUCUCCGACGCGAAACUGCCGAAAUUCAGGCUGGAAUAAAGAAACUUAAUAACUACUUUCUUAGUUAUUGGAUUGGCGAAAUCACCCCUGAAGUAUUUAGCGUAUUUGGCCUAAUCAACAGAACCAAUAAUUUGGUGGAAUCUUGGCAUAGAUGGCUGAAUGAACGGAUGGGAGCUUCGCAUAUCAAUCCUUGGGAUUUUAUUUAUUUGCUGAAAGAAGCAGACAGUGUUCUGUAUUUGACGAAUAAAAUAAAAUAAAAUACAAAUAAAAUACAAAUACAGCUGUAUUUUUAUUUGUAUUUUUGACUUAUUUUAGAGUGCGUAUUUUAUUUUUAUUUUAUUUGACGAUAUCUGUAUUUAUUUGAAAAUACUCAAAUAAAUGGUCAAAUAAAACCGUUUUCAAAAUUUAUGAGUAAAAAGUAAAAAAAUGCGAAAAAAUGCUACUGUUUGAAUGAAUCAAGAGAGUGGCCCGACCCCAAGCAAAAAGAAGCGCAACUUGUACAGCACCUUAAUACUCCCAAAAGGGCCCCUUUUUUAGCUGGAAGUGCCAAAAUUGAAAAUUCUCGACGAAUUUGAAGUCUACUUAAGGUGAGCCGAACAUCCUAUGGAAGAGUUAUAGAUGAUGGUGGUGUCUUGCAACCAACUCGAACUCUUAAAUAUUGGAAGCUUCAUUCCCACCGUUUCCCUUUUUUGUGUCUUGUUGCAAGAGAUGCUCAUGCUGCGUAUUGAGAGAGCGUUUAGUACUGCUAGUACAUCCUCACACUCACAGCAAAGAAGUCUCGAAUCUCGAACAAAAUCUUUCUUGUUUCAACAAUUACUUUUUCUCAAACACAAUUCAAAAUUGUUUGAUUGUUGAAUCGUAUAAAUUCAGCCUACAUCGAUCAAUACUGAAUUGAUAGAAUAAACAGUGACGAAAUUAAAACUGACUUA